AUGGAGGGAACUGGCGUGCAUGAAGAAAAGCAGGAGGGCCGAAACGUGCCCGAACCAGAUGCUCGUACCGCCGAAGCCCGCCAGGCCGAUGUCUCGUCGCAGUACAUUGACGUGAAGAGCGUCUCGUUCAUCCUGAUCCUGGUCGCUCUGAGUCUGAGCAUCUUCUGCGUCGGCCUGGACAACAUCAUUAUCGCGACGGCCAUACCCGCCAUUACCGACGACUUCCACGCCCUCAACGACAUCGGCUGGUACGGCUCGGGCUAUCUUCUGCCCACCUGUGCCUUCCAGCUCUUGUCGGGGAAGCUCUACUCGCGGUACUCGGCCAAAUGGAUCUUCCUGGCGGCCCUGUUCAUCUUCGAGGUGGGCUCGCUGAUCUCGGCCGUUGCUCCCUCGUCGGCCGUCUUCAUCGUCGGUAGGGCCGUCGCCGGUGUCGGUGCUGCAGCGCUGUUCACCGGUUCCCUGGUCAUCAUUGCCACCAUCGUGCCGCCCGAGAAGGCGCCCGCCUUCCAGUCCGUCAACGCCGCCACCUUCGGCGUGGCGUCGGCGGUCGGCCCCCUGAUCGGUGGCGCCUUCACCGACAACGUAACCUGGCGAUGGUGCUUUUACAUCAACCUUCCCAUUGGCGCCGUCGCCGCACCGCUGGUGCUCUUCCUCAUCAGAACCAAGUCGCCGAGCCACGAUGAUUUGCCUUUGAUGCGGCUCCUGCGCAAGAUGGAUCUUGUGGGGUUGGGCUUGUUUCUCCCCUGUAUCGUCUGCUAUCUCUUGGCCAUGGAAUGGGCCGGCAUCGUCUACUCGUGGUCCCAGUACCAAGUAGUCGUUUCCAUCGUCUUCUUCGCCGUCUUGUUGGUGGCGUUCGUCGCGGACCAGCUGUUCAUGGGCGAAGAUGCAACCGUGCCUCCCCGAAUCGCCAGCCAACGUUCCAUCGCGGCCGUCUGCUGGUUCAAUUUCUUCUCGUUUGGCGCCUUCAAUACGGCCUUUUACUUCAUGCCCUUGUACUUUCAAGGGGUCAAAGAGACUAGUGCCGAGGACUCGGGGAUACGCAUGAUUCCUCUCGUGGUCAUACAAGUCCUCGUCAUUGUUAUAACCGGCAUUCUCACAGCCAAGACGGGCCACUACGUUCCCUUCUUCAUCGCCAGCUGCGUCGUCGCAUCCGUGGGCCUGGGUCUGCUUACGACCUGGGAGGUGGAUUCGUCAGCGGGCAAGUGGAUCGGCUACCAGUUCGUCAUCGGCUUCGGGCUGGGGAUGGGCAUGCAGCUGUUUGCUACGGUUGUGGGAGCGACUCUGCCCGAUCGGGAUGUUCCCACGGGAAUGGCCCUCACGACCAUGGCGCAGUUCCUCGGCGCCUCGAUCUUCUUGGGCGCCGGCAACAACAUCUUCAACACCAAGCUCAUCGAGUCUGUGGAUGCUCUCGGAAUUCCCGGGCUGGACGGGCACACUGUCGUCUCGGCUGGCGCCACCGACUUACGAGCCUCAGUUCCUGACGAGUACUUGCCAGACGUCCUGCGAGCGUACAUGGAGGCUUUGCGGUGGGCGUUCCGGCUGUCGCUUAUCUUGGAGUGUGUCGCGUUUUUGGGGGCCCUUGGGAUGGAGUGGAAGAAGGUCCCUGCCCACGAGUCCAAGACGGCCUCCAAUGAGACGGCCUGAUCACAUGCAGUAGAAUGCAAAGGUUGUCUAUUGUAUUGUUGAUCUAGUACUCAAUACCAAGGGACACAUGGGUAGUGGUGGAAGCAAGCGGAAUGUAUGGUACCGAGGAACCCUGGCAGAGGUAAAAGAAACAGGAUGUACGAUAGUGAGAAGUUGCGAAAAGUCCUUCAGACCCUGCCACCUUCGGAACUGGAUUGCACUUGCUGAAUCACGUCUCGCAGCUGGGCCCGGACCUGGGCAAUGCCGCUGACCGACCAAGCCACGGCAUUGCGCAUGAUGUCGUCCUCACCCUCAGCCGCAUCCGGGCGCCCCACUUCGGUGAGUUGGUCGAUGGCUUUUUCUGUCUUGCGGAGCUCGCGGAGUAGGAGAGCUCGGCGCAGGUCCGCCUGCUC